UCUGGACAUUUGGUUUGUGUAGUUUGCGUGCAUGCGUGGAUCGUCACGGCCUUUGGGCCCUGGAGUGAUACAGGCAUGGUAUUUUACUUCAAAAGCACAGUGGUCUCACCCCCAGCCCUGAUCUUCAUGGGUCUUGAUAAGUUCGAAAACGAGGAUCUCAUCAAGUGGGGAUGGCCCGAAGACGUCUGGUUUCACGUGGACAAGGUGUCGUCUGCUCACGUCUACCUGCGUCUACAACCCAACCAAACUCUAGACGACAUCCCAUCAAGCGUGCUUGAAGACUGUGCCCAGCUUGUAAAGGCUAACAGCAUUCAAGGCAACAAGAUGAACUCGAUCGACAUUGUCUACACCAUGUGGGGAAACCUGAAAAAGACGGCCGGCAUGGAAGUGGGACAGAUUGGCUUCCACAAGCAGAGAGAGGUCCGCACCAUGCGGGUGGAGAAGAGGAUCAACGAGAUCGUCAACCGGCUGAUGAAGACCAAGGAGGAGCGGCAGCCGGACUUCAGGGCGGAGCGGGAGGAGCGCGACCGCAGGGAGCGGGAGGACAAGAAGCAGAUACUCCGGGAGCAGAAGGAGCGGGAGAAGCAGGAGCAGAAGGAGAAGGAGGAGCAAGCCAAGCAGAGGAGCUACAACAACCUGAUGAAAGAAGAAAAUAUGAAAUCAAACAAGGAGGCAGACUAUGAUUCAGACGAAUUCAUGUGACCUCUCCAGGAAGCUGUUUUAGCAGGAGGUUGUACAAUAAAUUUUAUUUUGCUCAAUCACAA